AUGUCGCCUCCAUGUCAAUAUGAGCCGACACCAUUGGGACAUGAAAUGCGUCGGCAUUUUUCAUUUGCCCCUGGUUAUCGAAAUCUGAAUCAUGGGUCCUUCGGAACAUCACCUGUCGCUAUUCGCAACAAAGCAAAUGAAUUACGCGAUGAAUGCGAGGCUACACCAUGUCCCUUCAUCAAGUACCGUUUCCCCGAACUUUUGGACGCAUCCCGGGCUGCCAUGAGCGACUUCCUUGGUGUACCGGAGUCCACCAUCGUCUUUGUUCCAAAUGCGACCACUGGAGUCAAUACAGUUAUGAGAAAUAUGGUAUGGAAUAGUGAUGGAAAAGAUGAGAUUCUUCAGUUGGAUAUCAUAUAUGGAGCAUGUGGCAAGACGACCAAUUAUGUUUGUGAAGCCAAUGAAGACAGGGUUCACACCAGAGAGAUUGGCUUCAUGCAUCCAGUUGACGACUCCCAGAUGGUUUCUGCAUUUCGAAAAGCGAUCGAGACCUCGCGCAUGGAAGGUUAUCACCCGCGCAUUGCUAUUUUUGAUACAAUAUCGUCCAACCCGGGUCUACGGCUUCCAUUUGAGCAACUUACAGCGCUCUGCCGUUCAGAGGGUGUAUUGAGUUUGAUUGAUGCCGCCCAUGGAAUUGGACAAAUCGAUCUAAAUCUAUCCUCGCUGGACCCGGACUUCCUGGUCAGCAACUGCCAUAAAUGGCUGUUUACUCCUCGCGGAUGUGCCGUGUUUUACGUCCCCGAGCGCAACCAAGGAAUGAUGCGAAGUACUCUACCAACAAGCCAUGGGUUCGUUCCUCGAUCGCCUGGGAAAACUUCUUGCAGCACUUCCAAGGAGCCAGUGAGAGAAAAGACAGAAUUUGUCUCCAAUUUCGAGUUCGUUGGAACAACCGACAACUUUGCGUUCUUAACAGUGCCCGACGCCAUCCGGUGGAGACAAAUGGUAUGCGGGGGUGAGACUAAAAUUCGGGAUUACUGUAUUCAGCUUGCCCAUAAAGGUGGACAGACGGUUGCAGAUAUCCUAGGGACAGUGAUUCUCGACAAUGCUGCCCAUAAUUCGACAGACUGCUUUAUGGUUAACAUCCUCCUUCCUAUCAAGAAGCCCACUUUGGGAGAUGGGAGUCUGGUCAAACGAAGAAACAACCCGGAUAUGACCGUGACUGAAUGGAUGCAGCAGACUAUGAUCAAGUUAUACAACACUUUCAUGCCAGUCUUUCCUUUUCAGGGGUCUUGGUGGGUUCGACUCAGUGGGCAAAUCUAUCUUGAGGCCAGUGACUUUGAAUGGGCUGGCUGGACACUGAAAGAUCUCUGUGAGAAGCUACAAACGGAAGAUGAUUACGAUAAUCAUGCAUGA